UGAUCCUCUCUUCCUCUCUCCUCUCCUGCUCCCCAGAGAUAAGGGGUGCAGCCCAUUGGAAGGUGGUGGUGGGGAGCUACAGUUCUGUCUGUCUAGAGAGGCACUGACCUGAAAAAUAGUGCCAGGAUUUUAACAAACUACCCCAAUGGAUAUUAAGGACAGCACCAGCGAGGGCAGCAUGGGAAGCCUGGAGCCCUCCAGCAUCCAGAUGUUUGCCAACACUUCCUCCCUCCAUGGGAUCCGCCACAUUUUUGUCUAUGGGCCGGUGACGAUAAGGCGGUUGCUGUGGACCAUGGCCUUUGUGGGCUCGCUGGGUCUCCUCCUGGUGGAGAGCUCCGAUCGGGUGGCUUUCUAUUUCUCCUACCAGCACGUCACUAAAGUGGACGAGGUGGUGGCCAACAGCCUGGUUUUUCCUGCGGUCACCAUCUGUAACCUCAACGAAUUCCGCUUCUCCAGACUCACCACCAAUGACCUGUACCAUGCUGGGGAGCUCCUGGCUUUGCUGGACGUGAACCUGCAGAUUCCAGAGCCCCACCUGGCUGACCCGGCGGUCCUGGCCGCUCUCCAGGAAAAGGCCAACUUUAAGCAAUACAAACCGAAAAUUUUCAACAUGCAGGAGUUCUUGGGGCGGGUGGGGCACGACCUGAAGGAUAUGCUGCUGUACUGCAAGUUCAAAGGUCAGGAGUGCAGCCAGAAGGACUUCAAAACUGUCCACCCAGAGCGGCUUUUGCUCCUGGCAGGAGCAGCCACACCCCCUCCUGCAGCCCAUGCUAGCACUAGCCGGCAGCCCAUCUCUUCACUGCCUUCUGAAGGUUCAGCCAUUCCGCAGCUUGAAGUCCAUAACGAGGGGGAAGAAGAGGGAGGCGUGGCGGGUGUCUCAGGAAGCGUGCUGCCGCUGCAGUGCGUGUGGGAGGAAUUGUUCUCCAGCAACGUGAUGUUUGCCUUGGGGUGA